UUCAACUCUGACUGAAACACCGACGGAGCUGCAGCUACCAGGUCUUGGAAUACAAUCAUGAAAUUGCAUCAGGAUUCAGAGGCCACGAAGGAAGAAAGAAAGAGUCUCAAACCUCAGGUGGAGAGACGUCGAAGGGAGAGAAUGAACCGCAGUCUGGAGAGCCUGAAGACUCUUUUGCUACAGCAACAGGAAACGUGUCAGCGCAGAGUGGAGAAAGCUGAGAUACUCGAGCACACAGUCCUCUUUCUGCAGAACACCGUCGAAAGGAACACGAUGAGAGCUGAAGGUGGUGGAGGUGGAGGUGGAGGUCAGAAACACUCCUUCCAAGACGGCUUCUCCACCUGCCUACAGACAGCUGCUCAGUUCCUGGGACCUGAUGGGAAAGGCUUGAGGCUCGGAGAAGCACUGUCCUCCAGCUCUCUGCCGCUCACACAGACCAUUCUUCGGAUGCUGAGGCAAAAGACCAAGCACAGACUGCACGUGCGAGACUGCAGCAUUGCUCAUCCGUACCGGCUUCCAGUCCAGCAAGAGUCUCCCAGAAAUCCCCAGAGACAAAAUCCAGCAAGCAAACAGAGCCUGACCCAGAGCAGCCCGGUCAGCCAGGCUUUCUGGAGGCCCUGGCCCUGAUCACGAGGUCCUGACCUCUGAAAGUGAACAUUUGAUGACUCUAACAACUAUUUAAAAUUCACUGGGGCCAUCUGUUAUGUUCCUGAAUGAAUAUGUGAAUUGAAGUCUUGGCAAAAAAUUGUCCUCUGGACUUCUGACAACUCAUA